UUCCCUCCAAAGAUCUUAUAGCAGAGCUCUGCUAUAUGAUCUUUGGUGAAGAGCGAUACUGUGAUCCAUCUGCAGGAGUGAUAGCAAACGUCGGCGGGUGGACAAAGCAUUGUCGGAUAAAAAUUCACUGGGUGAGACCAUGGCGAUGAAGUUCAUGAUCCUAUGUCUGCUACAUGUGGUAGUCACAGCAGAUCCCAUGAAGUUGGAAGACCACACUUCCAGCCUGGCAGAAGGUACGGUGAACCUGGCCCUCAACCUUUUCAAGGCCAUGGCCAAGGACGCAAAAUUCUCGACCGAGAACCUCCUAUUGUCCCCGAUGGUGGUGGCUUCCUCCUUGGGUGUGAUGUCUCUGGGUGCCAAGGAUAAGACGGCCAACCAGGUCAAGUCACUCCUCAACACCAACCUGCGCGAUGACGUCUUCCUCCCGACCUUCUCGGAACUGUUCAACGAAGUCAGCGACGAAUCCGCCCGCAACAGCACGUGGAAGAUCGGCAGCCGCCUUUACGGGCCAAACUCCGUCAAAUUCAACGAUGAGUUUGUUCAGAAGAGCAAGGCCCACUACAAGCAUGAUCACUCCAAGGUGAAUUUCAGAGACAAGAGGAGUUUGGUCCAAUCCCUAAACGAAUGGGCCUCUAAAACUACAGAGGGAAAGCUCAAAGAAAUCACAAAGGAUGUCUCCAAAGUUGAUGGUGCUUUGUUCGUCAAUGCCAUGUAUUUUAAACCUCACUGGGAUGAAAAAUUCCACAAGGACAUGAUCGAUACAAGAGGCUUCUUGGUAACUAGAAGUCGCACUGUUUCUGUCCCCAUGAUGCAUCGUUCAGGAUUAUAUAACUACUAUGACGACAAGGUCAAUAAACUCCAGCUUCUUGAGAUGCCCCUUGCACACAAGCACUCCAGCAUGAUCUUCAUAAUGUCACGACACGUGGAGCCAAUGGAGAGAAUCGAGAAGUUGCUGAGCAAGGAACAGCUCAACAUUUGGUUCAGCAAGAUGCAAACAAAGGCCAUUAGUAUCUCUCUUCCCAAAGUCCGUGUUGAAGUCAGUCAUGAAUUACAGAAAUACUUACAGGAGCUGGGCCUGACUGAAGCUACAGAUCAGAACAGAGCCGAUUUCUCUGGUAUAACAGGGAAUAAAGAGCUCUACUUGUCCGGCAUGCUCCACGCCACAGCGCUAGAGUGGGACUUCGAAGGAAACGAAUUUGAUCCCGAAUUACAUACUCGCGAUGAAAUGAGAUCGCCUGAGCUCUUCUACGCAGAUCGCCCAUUCAUCUUCCUCGUCCGAGAUAACAAAACUAACUCUCUACUCUUCAUUGGAAAGUUAGUCAAACCAAAAGUAAACAACCAUGACGAAUUGUAAACUUGAAUUAAUUUUUUACAAAGUGCAGUAAUAUUCUGUACAAAUAUUAAUGACCUCACUUUCAGGUUACCUGUGUACUGGAGGUGGUGUAAUAAUGAUUCCUUCAUUGUUGUGGUGCCAUGGUGCAAAACAUCAAUAAUGUGGGGUCAAAUGAAGUUAACUGUAUUAGAAUCACUAAGGCUCGAGAAAUGCCCAAAAUAAUGCAUUUUGGUUCACUGAAAUA